AUGGGGCGAAUUAGGGUGACACCUAAGGGGAAGGCGAAGAAAAAUAUUCCGAUCACGCGCAGUGGACGAAAGAAAUAUCUCAAGCGCCGCUUCGCCCAUCUUCACCAAAUUGAUAAGGCCGGAUCUAACAAUUACUUCACCAAAAAGUAUUUUAAGCGCUUCAGUACCGCCUCCAGCAACUUUAAGAGUCUCGGACUCGCAAAAGAUCCGAGCAUUACACCAAAAAAAAUAGUGGAUGAACCGUCGCAACCCACACGGCGGCUCGAAGAGGAAAAUGAAUUGGAGGAACUGCGACAGCAACGUAAAGGAACACUACAGGUCAGGCGUAUCAGCGAAGAAGAGGCCGUCACGAUGGCAAACCUCAUACGCAAGCACCAAACAGAUUUCAAGGCCAUGUCAUUGGACAGAAAGUUAAAUCCCUAUCAAUUAAAUCCACGGCAACUGCAACGCCAAGUAGUGAAUUACCUCCGUUGGGAAAAGGCUGCAUUCCCGGAGGCAUUUGCUGAAGCAGAAGCAAAUGGUUGGUUAUCAAUAGAAGAGUACGCAAACCCAAAGAACCGGCACAGAAAGGAAUGA